GUAAUAAAUGAGCCCACCACUGCAGCUACCUGCCCCCUUCGCUUCCUCUCCCCAUCAAAAGACGACAUGGAUUGAGCUUUCCCGGCCGCUAGCACUGUACCGUGGAGGGCAUUAGCAGCAAGAGAUCUUGGGGCUCUCUUACCUACACAAGCCGCUUGCAGCAACCUCGGAGGCUUGCAGUCCUGCAAAAGAGGCAAAGUUUCCUAUAAACUGCUUGUUCUUAUCGAGGCUUUAGUGCUCAGAUAGACACCAUUUCCUGAAGCAAACAAGCUCCUAAGUUGGCAUCUCUCAAGAUAAUAAAAUACAAUAUGCAUCAAGACAGUUUCAGAUCAGUGGUUUGCAGAUCCCUUUCAAAGAGCCUUCCCUCCAGAAGCAAAGAUGUCAGCUAUCCUGAAACAGUCCAAUGUGCUGUCCCUUGUGUUGUUACACUGCAACCUUCGGUUUGUGGAGGCUGCCAAGGCCGGGAACGGAGCCUGUCGCAAAGCUACGGGGAGGAGAGAUCCAUGUCAUUCCACAGAGACUACCUGAUGGCGCCCUCGCUCUCAAAGCAUUUCGCAGAGGACUUCCUAAGAGGCGCCAUGGACCUCCAGGAGUCCCUUGCGAUGCUGGAGGGAUUCCAAGCUGCAUCACAGAGCAUGAGACAAUCAAACAAGAAGAGAAGACCAGAAACUGGCGAAAAAACUCCAGAAUUAGAUACCAUAAUCCGUGAAGUCCUCCUGAGACCGUCAAAUUCCAAGCAGGUACUUCCUAGAACUGUCAGCAACGGAUUGCCUGGGCAAUUAAGCAAUUCUACUGAUGAGUUGAAGAAUGUGGUCAAGGACAGCCUCUACAGGAAGAACCUCUUGUCAGUGUCCUGCAAUAGUGAGCAGGCCUCUUUGAGCCAAUCAACACGAUACUCGCCGGACAAUUAUUUGAUGUCCAAGACUACUCAGCAGAAGAAAGUGGUGCCAAGAUCUUUUCCAUCAUGUGCACCAGUGCAACCUGACAAGUCCAAAUCUCCAAGCUUGGUAGCCAAGCUCAUGGGCCUUGAUGGAUUGCCCACACAAAAUGAUAACUCUAUCAAGAAAGACGAGAAGGCGAAGACAGUGAGCUCACCAAGAGCACGGUUUGAUGUUCAGAUGCCUAAGUCAAAAAGGCUACUACCGCAACUAUCAGGAGAGGACUCUCGGUUUGAUAUGGAGAUUCCUAGGUCAGAAAAGCUACCACCAAAACAUCGCAAUGUUCAGAGGGAGUAUACUUGUUCACAGAAGCGCAUCCUUCCUUUGUAUGGUACUGUAGAGGUUAAUGCGAUUGGCUCGACGAAAUCAAUUCACAGAGACAAAAACAUUGACCAAGAUCGAGCAAAAUCCCCGAAAGAAAUCAAGGUGGUCUCUCCUACAAGCAGAAAGCAGCAGACAAAGGCGGCCACCAAGAUCAGCAGGAGAACCAGGGAGAAACAAAAAUUUCAUGUAGCUGAGAGGAACAGAGAAGGGAGGAAGGAUGCGAAGGCUAAAGCAGGACCAGCUUCUCGUAAUGCUAAAAUAGAGAAAAAACCUGAUAAGAAAUUGUGUGCAUCAAGUAGCAGUCGAAUGAGCAACUCAAUGAAACCCAUCUUACAGAAAGCACCCAAUAAUUCCAGAGGGAAGACAUUAUCCAGGAGAAAUGUCAAGAGCUCAACUAUCGAUGAAAUAGUGGCGUAUGAGAUACAAAGAGAGAUCGUCCAUGCCCUGGAUCAUAUUGACGGUCCAUCCACAGAAUAUAGUGCAACACCUAGCGACGAAAGCUGCCAAAGUGCUGAUUGGGAUGCAGAAUCUUCUAUGGACGAGAUUCAUAAAGAUUUUAGCAAAUCUGGUGAAGCUUUGUUAUUUACCAGCCAUGCUGAAAGAACUAUUUCAACUGAUGGAGAUGAUAUUCACACAUCAACAGACAGAAUAUCAACGAAGGAAGCUGAGAUAACAGACGAGAUCAGUUUGCUUCUCCUAAAUGAUCAACCAUUCCUUAGCAGAGCAGCAAAACUCAUAGGAAUUGGCGCUUAUGAGCAUCUGACUAACCAAUACAAAGCAAUUUCCAAAGCUGAAAUAAAACAUAGUGAGCUCUAUCUGGACACAGCAGCAGAGCAGUUGGAACGAAAACAUCAUCAGCAAAAUCGUUUGUGCUAUACUGGAUUUCAGGGCCAGAAAUGCAGAGCAACAACAUACUUCUCAUUGGAGGCAUUGCUGAGAGAUAUCAGUGAUGGGAUUAGAAAGCUGAACGGUUAUUCUGAUGAAGACGCUGGUGGCACAAAAGAUAGCCUAGACAUGAAGCUGGAGAGGGAUCUCUGGUGCACAGACGCGUCGAUCAAUGAUGUGUGGGAUAUGGGCUGGCAGGACUGGAUCUGUAUGGAAGAAACAGAAUGCUUCAUCAGAGAUGCUGGGGAGGACAUUCUAUCCUUGCUCAUAGAGGAAGCUGCUUUGGACCUGUGGAUACAUUGACAUUAGAACAUAUAGCUUCAGUGGUUUUCUGCCAUCUUGAGGAUGUAACCUCAGUUACAUGACCAGCACAACUCGUGCCUUUGGUUGUAUUUUGUGUUGGGUUUCAUAUUUGUCAAAUUCUAGCAUAAGAAGUUAAGAACAUGGAGUUCCAGUGUUUCUUUUACCAAGAAAUUAUUGUAAUUUGUGCUAAGUGCAUGGCCCUAUAAAAGAAGAGGGUUGCACAGUAACUGAAUGUGAAAUAGUUAUCUUACAAACUGGCAUUCA